CGCCUCAGUUCGCGCCGCGCCUCUGCUUGGAGCGCAGCGGCGCCGGCUCCGGGAGCCCGAGCGGAGCCAGCCGCGCUCACAGCCAGCGGCCGCACGGGCGAUGCGGGGCCGCCCCGCGCCCGCCCCAGUCCCGGCCCCAGCCCGGGCCCCCGCGGGAAGGGGCUGAGCCGCCCGCCGCCGCCCGGAUGGCGAGCCUCGCUGCGCUCGCCCUCAGCCUGCUCCUGAGGCUGCAGCUGCCGCCGCUGCCCGGCGCCCGGGCUCAGAGCGCCGCAGGUGGCUGUUCCUUUGAUGAGCACUACAGCAACUGUGGUUAUAGUGUGGCUCUAGGGACCAAUGGGUUCACCUGGGAGCAGAUUAACACAUGGGAGAAACCAAUGCUGGACCAGGCGGUGCCCACAGGAUCUUUCAUGAUGGUGAACAGCUCUGGGAGAGCCUCUGGCCAGAAGGCCCACCUUCUCCUGCCGACCCUGAAGGAGAAUGAUACCCACUGCAUCGACUUCCAUUACUACUUCUCCAGCCGUGACAGGUCCAGCCCAGGGGCCUUGAACGUCUACGUGAAGGUGAAUGGUGGCCCCCAAGGGAACCCCGUCUGGAAUGUGUCCGGGGUCGUCACUGAGGGCUGGGUGAAGGCAGAGCUCGCCAUCAGCACUUUCUGGCCGCAUUUCUAUCAGGUGAUAUUUGAAUCCGUCUCAUUGAAGGGUCAUCCUGGCUACAUUGCUGUGGACGAGGUCCGGGUCCUUGCUCAUCCGUGCAGAAAAGCACCUCAUUUUCUGCGACUGCAAAACGUGGAGGUGAAUGUGGGGCAGAAUGCCACAUUUCAGUGCAUUGCUGGUGGGAAGUGGUCUCAGCAUGACAAGCUUUGGCUCCAGCAAUGGAAUGGGAGGGACACGGCCCUGAUGGUCACCCGCGUGGUCAACCACAGGCGCUUCUCAGCCACGGUCAGUGUGGCAGACACUGCCCAGCGGAGCGUCAGCAAGUACCGCUGUGUGAUCCGCUCUGACGGUGGUUCUGGUGUGUCCAACUACGCGGAGCUGAUUGUGAAAGAGCCUCCCACGCCCAUUGCUCCCCCAGAGCUGCUGGCUGUGGGGGCCACAUACCUGUGGAUCAAGCCAAAUGCCAACUCCAUCAUCGGGGAUGGCCCCAUCAUCCUGAAGGAAGUGGAAUAUCGCACCACCACAGGCACUUGGGCAGAGACCCACAUAGUCGACUCUCCCAACUACAAGCUGUGGCAUCUGGACCCCGACGUUGAGUAUGAGAUCCGGGUGCUCCUCACACGACCAGGUGAGGGGGGUACCGGACCGCCAGGGCCUCCCCUCACCACCAGGACCAAGUGUGCAGAUCCGGUGCAUGGCCCACAGAAUGUGGAAAUCGUAGACAUCCGAGCCCGGCAGCUGACCCUGCAGUGGGAGCCCUUCGGCUAUGCGGUGACCCGCUGCCAUAGCUACAACCUCACCGUGCAGUACCAGUACGUGUUCAACCAGCAGCAGUAUGAGGCCGAGGAGGUCAUCCAGACCUCCUCCCACUACACCCUGCGAGGCCUGCGCCCCUUCAUGACCAUCCGGCUGCGACUCCUGCUGUCUAACCCCGAGGGCCGAAUGGAGAGCGAGGAGCUGGUGGUGCAGACUGAGGAAGACGUUCCAGGAGCUGUUCCUCUAGAAUCCAUCCAAGGGGGACCUUUUGAGGAGAAGAUCUACAUCCAGUGGAAACCUCCCAAUGAGACCAAUGGGGUCAUCACGCUCUAUGAGAUCAACUACAAGGCUGUUGGCUCGCUGGACCCAAGUGCUGACCUCUCCAGCCAGAGGGGGAAAGUGUUCAAGCUCCGGAAUGAAACCCACCACCUCUUUGUGGGUCUGUACCCAGGGACCACCUAUUCCUUCACCAUCAAGGCCAGCACAGCAAAGGGCUUUGGGCCCCCUGUCACCACUCGGAUCGCCACCAAAAUUUCAGCUCCAUCCAUGCCUGAGUACGACACAGACACCCCACUGAAUGAGACAGACACAACCAUCACAGUGAUGCUGAAACCCGCUCAGUCCCGAGGAGCCCCUGUCAGUGUUUAUCAGCUGGUUGUCAAGGAGGAGCGACCACAGAAGUCACGGAGGGCAGCUGACAUUAUUGAGUGUUUUUCGGUGCCUGUGAGCUAUCGGAAUGCCUCCAGCCUCGAUUCUCUACACUACUUUGCUGCUGAGUUGAAGCCUGCCAACCUGCCUGUCACCCAGCCAUUUACAGUGGGUGACAAUAAGACAUACAAUGGCUACUGGAACCCUCCUCUCUCUCCCCUGAAAAGCUACAGCAUCUACUUCCAGGCACUCAGCAAAGCCAAUGGAGAGACCAAAAUCAACUGUGUUCGUCUGGCUACAAAAGCACCAAUGGGCAGCGCCCAGGUGACCCCGGGGACUCCACUCUGCCUCCUCACCACAGGUGCCUCCACUCAGAAUUCUAACACUGUGGAGCCAGAGAAGCAGGUGGACAACACCGUGAAGAUGGCUGGCGUGAUCGCUGGCCUCCUCAUGUUCAUCAUCAUUCUCCUAGGUGUGAUGCUCACCAUCAAAAGGAGAAGAAAUGCUUAUUCCUACUCCUAUUACUUGAAGCUGGCCAAGAAGCAGAAGGAGACCCAGAGUGGAGCCCAGAGGGAGAUGGGGCCUGUGGCCUCUGCUGACAAACCCACCACCAAGCUCAGCACCAGCCGCAAUGAUGAAGGCUUCUCUUCUAGUUCUCAGGACGUCAACGGAUUCACAGAUGGCAGCCGUGGGGAGCUUUCCCAGCCCACUCUCACGAUCCAGACUCAUCCCUACCGCACCUGUGACCCUGUGGAGAUGAGUUACCCCCGGGACCAGUUCCAGCCUGCCAUCCGGGUGGCUGACUUGCUGCAGCACAUCACGCAGAUGAAGAGAGGCCAGGGCUACGGGUUCAAGGAGGAAUAUGAGGCCUUACCAGAGGGGCAGACAGCUUCGUGGGACACAGCCAAGGAGGAUGAAAACCGCAAUAAGAAUCGAUAUGGGAACAUCAUAUCCUGUCGGGGAGGAAGCCCAGCCAAAAGGGCUGGCAUGCAGAAGACCCCACAGCUGGACAAAGAGAUGAGCUCUGUGUUCCCAGAAGCUCCUCUAAUUCAAAGGAGGACUUUGGCAGCAACCUGGGACGACCAUUCCCGGGUGAGACUGCUGGUGCUGGAUGGAGACCCGCACUCUGACUACAUCAAUGCCAACUACAUUGACGGAUACCAUCGACCUCGGCACUACAUUGCAACUCAAGGUCCAAUGCAGGAGACUGUAAAGGACUUUUGGAGAAUGAUCUGGCAGGAGAACUCUGCCAGCAUCGUCAUGGUCACAAACCUGGUGGAAGUGGGCAGGCACCCAGCGGAACACACUGUGGGAAAUGCCACUCUAGGCCGUGCAGCGUCCCCCGGAAUGGUGAAAUGUGUGCGAUACUGGCCAGAUGACACAGAGGUCUACGGAGACAUUAAAGUCACCCUGAUUGAAACAGAGCCCCUGGCAGAAUAUGUCAUACGCACCUUCACAGUCCAGAAGAAAGGCUACCAUGAGAUCCGGGAGCUCCGCCUCUUCCACUUCACUAGCUGGCCUGACCACGGCGUUCCCUGCUACGCCACUGGCCUUCUGGGCUUCGUCCGUCAGGUCAAGUUCCUCAACCCACCAGAAGCAGGGCCCAUAGUGGUCCACUGCAGUGCCGGGGCUGGGCGGACUGGCUGCUUCAUUGCCAUUGACACCAUGCUUGACAUGGCCGAGAAUGAAGGGGUGGUGGACAUCUUCAACUGCGUGCGUGAGCUCCGGGCCCAGAGGGUCAACCUGGUACAGACAGAGGAGCAAUAUGUGUUUGUGCACGAUGCCAUCCUGGAAGCGUGCCUCUGUGGCAACACUGCCAUCCCUGUGUGUGAGUUCCGUUCUCUCUACUAUAAUAUCAGCAGGCUGGACCCCCAGACGAACUCCAGCCAAAUCAAAGAUGAAUUUCAGACCCUCAACAUUGUGACACCCCGUGUGCGGCCCGAGGACUGCAGCAUUGGGCUCCUGCCCCGGAACCAUGAUAAGAAUCGAAGUAUGGACGUGCUGCCUCUGGACCGCUGCCUGCCCUUCCUCAUCUCGGUGGACGGAGAAUCCAGCAAUUACAUCAACGCGGCACUGAUGGAUAGCCACAAGCAACCUGCCGCCUUCGUGGUCACCCAGCACCCUCUACCCAACACCGUGGCAGACUUCUGGAGGCUGGUGUUUGAUUACAACUGCUCCUCUGUGGUGAUGCUGAAUGAGAUGGACACUGCCCAGUUCUGUAUGCAGUACUGGCCUGAGAAGACCUCCGGGUGCUACGGGCCCAUCCAGGUGGAGUUCGUCUCCGCAGACAUCGACGAGGACAUCAUCCACAGAAUAUUCCGCAUCUGUAACAUGGCCCGGCCACAGGACGGUUAUCGUAUAGUCCAGCACCUCCAGUACAUUGGCUGGCCUGCCUACCGGGACACGCCCCCCUCCAAGCGCUCUCUGCUCAAAGUGGUCCGACGACUGGAGAAGUGGCAGGAGCAGUAUGACGGGAGGGAGGGACGCACUGUGGUCCACUGCCUAAACGGGGGAGGCCGUAGUGGAACCUUCUGUGCCAUCUGCAGUGUGUGUGAGAUGAUCCAGCAGCAAAACAUCAUUGACGUGUUCCACAUCGUGAAAACACUGCGUAACAACAAAUCCAACAUGGUGGAGACCCUGGAACAGUAUAAAUUUGUAUACGAGGUGGCACUGGAAUACUUAAGCUCCUUUUAGCUCAAUGGGAUGGGGAACCUGCCAGAGUCCAGAGGCUGCUGUGACCAAGCCCCCUUUUGUGUGAAUGGCAGUAACUGGGCUCAGGGGCU